CCAGCAGAUCCAUGGGGAGCCUACGACGACAACACAAUCAUAGAAACUGAAGCCGAGAAAAAUCUGUUCGUGCCUAAACCAUAUCGACCAAGUAGCAAAGAAAAAACUACAACCACGACACGUGUCCCAGUUACCCAACCACCUACCACCAUCCGAACGAUUCCGUUCGUGCAAACUACACCGGCAUUCCGUCAAACAAUCACCCCUGUGGUACAGCAACCAUCCUUUGGACGGCAAGAAGUCCCUCAAACGCCUUCACGACUUUUUGUACCUACUCCUGCUCCAACGAGACCUGCUGUGCAGUCAUUUACGCGUCCACCGUUCCAACCACCUACUCCUUCUCCAUUCCAACCUCGUCAACAAUUCCAAACUCCAUUCGCGCCACAACAGAACUUCCAAACCCGACCACCCUUCAAUGUACAACCUCAAUUCCAAACUCAGCCUCCUUUCCAACCCCAGCAGUUCCGUACACAACCACCACCACCACCAGCUCCUCCAACUACACCUGCACCACAAUUACCUUUUGCCACUCAACAGAAUUUGCGAACUGGAGUAUGUCCCAUGUCGAUCUUCUACAUUUCAACCCCUAUCAAUGGCCCUACAAGACUAUCAUUUACCCAUUUUGCUAUUGCUGUCACCGUGGAUCAAUGUGCUCGAACCUGUCACGAAUUUAAUUGUGCGAUCGCUCACUACAAUCCAAGCAAUGGACAUUGCGAAUUUAAUCCAUCGACAGCAUUUGCCAUCAGAAAUGGACAAUGCCCCGCUUGGCCUAGUCUUCAUUAUAGGAAUAACGUUGUUGCCAGUGAGCCUGUACGAAUCUUCUGCGUCACCUGCCAACGACCACGAAGACGACCAAACCGACUGAGAACUUUCAACCCACGCGUAUCUAAUACUCCCGUUAUCCACGGUGUUCUCGUAAGGCAACCCAAAGCAAUCGCACUCGGAGUUUCUCAGUUCGCCGUUGGCUCCUCCGACGAAAAGCAACGCGAGAGAGUUGGCGUUUCACCAAUCCAAUUUGAGGAUGGAGGUGAAGAAGGGCUUGAACUACAAACGAGAUCAUAUGGCAAAUCUAGAGUAAGUCGCAAUUUUUGUAUAGCAACAUAG